UAGCCUUACAUACCAUUUCAGUCUUCUAAGUACACAACCCUAAACAUAGUCUAUUUCUUUGUGUACUCUUCUAACUAUCCUUCUAAACAAAGCUAUGGAUGUUGCUAAGAUGCCAAACAGGUUAUCAACAGAUGAGAUGUCAGUAGACCUUGAAGCUGCCUUAAGGUUCAGCAAUGGAGUAUCUCAAGCUCCUCCAGUAAACAAACUUACUGCUAGAGAGAUGGAGUCUCUCAUUGCCAUUAGUGACACCUUCUUACCCUCCAUUCAGCUCAACUCUGCAAAUUAUAGUACCAGUCUCCAAACCUUCUUCUCCACUUCUGCUUCCAUGCUUGGCACUCCAGAAGUAGUUGGAGUGUAUUUAUCUGGGAAGUUGCAGCAUGUGAUGCUAGGUUUGCUGAGGUUGGGACUGUGGUUGCUGUCAACUUGGUAUGGGACUUUGAUACUUUGUGGCUAUAAGAGCAUGUCAAGUAGGUUCCCUUACUUCCAUAAGUUUUCCCAACUGGAAUUAAGGAGAAGAGAGGAGAUCAUGAAGUCUUGGUCAUCCAGUUACAUUUAUCUCUUAAGGCAGCUCUUUGUGGGUGUGAAGUUCAUUGUGAUGCUUGCCCAUUUCACUCAGCUGGAUGAGAACAACGAGAAUCCUACUUGGAAGGCGAUUGGUUACUGUGGGCCCGAUCCAGAUCACGUUGACCGGGUCAAACAAAGCAAUGAAAGCGAGCAAGCCCAAGUUGAUGGGCUAGGUCCACUACACAGAACUUUAGUCCACUUAGACAGCCCAAUAGAGACGCUUUCCAAAGCUUUGGCCCAAGCCAGGCUUUCCAUCACAUCCCGGCCCAACCCACUCCCAACCAUCCGCUGUGACGUCGUGGUCGUCGGCUCCGGCUCCGGCGGAGGAGUCGUCGCCGGUGUCCUAGCUCAAGCCGGCUACAAGGUCGUUGUCCUCGAGAAAGGUCACUAUCAUGCCAGGAACAAGCUCAGUCUCAUAGAAGGUCCUUCGCUGGACCAGAUGUAUGAGAGGAAUGGCCUCCUCGCUACGGCCGACAUGGGGGUCACAAUCCUCGCCGGUUCCACCGUAGGAGGUGGUUCAGCCAUCAACUGGUCGGCGUCAAUCCGAACUCCGGAUAAAGUGAUGGGUGAGUGGCGGGAGAAGCUUGGGCUUGAGCUGUUCGGCAGUGAGGCCUACGAGCACGCCCUGGAUGUGGUGUGUAAGCGCAUGGGAGUGCACCCGGACGUAGAGGAAGAGAGCCUAAACAAUGCCGUACUCCGACGAGGGUGCAAGGAACUCGGAUAUCCAGUAAAGAAUAUACCGAGAAACGCACCUUCCGAUCACCACUGUGGGUGGUGCUGUUUUGGUUGCAAGGAUGGUAGGAAAAAGGGGACGUUAGAGACAUGGCUGGUGGACAUGGUUGAAUCUGGGAAUGGAGUUAUAAUCCCAGGGAGCAAGGCCAUAAGAGUGAUCUACGAGAACAGGGGAAGGGAGAAGAAGGUGGCAACAGGAGUGGUGUUUGAGUUCGAGAAUGGGUGGUCAGGGGAGAAGGAGAAGUGUAUGGUGGAGGCCAAGGUGACGGUGGUGGCGUGUGGGGCAUUGAACACUCCGGUGUUGCUGAAGAAGAGUGGGUUGAGGAACAAGAAUAUAGGGAAGCACUUGCACUUGCAUCCAGUGGUGAUGGGGUGGGGGUACUUCCCGGAGAAAGAGGCGAGAUGGGACGUGGAUAAGAACAGUUAUGAAGGGGCGAUCAUGACGGCUAUGCAUACUGUGGUGCGGGAUGGGUACGGGGCGAUCAUACAGACACCGUCUUUGCACCCGGGGUUGUUCUCGGUGGUGACGCCGUGGCUGUCAGGGGAGGACUUCAAAUGGAGGAUGACCAGGUUUGCAAGGACAGCACAUCUGUUUACGUUGGCGAGGGAUAGAGGGGAAGGAGAGGUGGAUGAGUCAGGAUCCAUCAGGUAUAGGAUGGAUGGUCAUGAUGAGAGGAAUUUGAAGAAAGGGGUGGAGAAGAUGAUGAGGAUAAUAGCAGCGGCCGGGGCGACGGAAAUAGGGACGGUCCAUAAAGAGGGAGAGAAGCUGGAUUUGAGGACGGCAAGCUCUCAUGAGUUUGAGAGGUUUGUGAGGAGGAUGGGAAGGAAAAGGGUGACGGGUCUGAGGACGCCAGUGUGCUCGGCGCACCAAAUGGGAAGUUGUAGGAUGGGUGUGAGGCCGGAGACUUCAGCGGUGGACCCAAAGGGAGAGACUUGGGAAGUUCAGGGACUGUAUGUGGCUGAUACCAGUGUCUUCCCAACGGCGCUUGGUGUGAAUCCCAUGGUUACUGUUCAGGCCAUUGCUUACUGUACUGCUCUGUCUGUGGCGGAGGUGCUCAGGAGAAAGGUGAAAUGAAGAAGAAGAAGGGAAGGUUUGUAGGACAAAUUUAAGUACAGCUUAUAGUUGUAUGCCUCGAUUGUACACUAUUAUAAGUAAGAGCGAUGAAACAUUAGAAAAGCUUUUAAACA